AUUGCAGCAUUAGAUGACCCUAUCUCACAACAUUCUGACCAGCAGGUGCUGCGGGGAUAACAAGAAGUAGCUCAAGUUUCAAUCUUCUGAGUUAUAUUUCUUGGAACUCAAUCAUGUCGAUGAUCCCCAUGAGAACACAUCUUCAAUUAUCAAAACAGCCUACCAGAUCUCUGAUCCCACACAGCAGAUCCCUCCUUCAAAUGGAAGAUUGUCACAAUAGAAGGUGUCACUAUGUUAGGGCUCAUAUCACAGCAUCAAAGAAGUUGAUUGAAGGGGUUAGCGAUGAGCUAAAUUCAGUUGCGUCACAGAACAUGGACUUUGCUCCGACACGGAGACGUGUGCACAGGGCAUUCCUCCCUGUCCAGCAGCAGCUUGACCAUGUCCUUUUCAAGAUGCCUGCGCCAGAGAUCCAAAUGGAAGAGAAGUAUGAGAUGAGCUCUAAAGGGGUUGAAAUAUUCUGGAAGAGCUGGCGUCCACCUCCAGGUAUGACAAUGAAGGCUGCUCUCUUCUUCUGUCAUGGCUAUGGAGACACCUGCACUUUUUUCUUCGAAGGUAUUGCGAAGAUAAUUGCUAAAGCUGGUUAUGGAGUCUAUGCCAUGGACUACCCAUCCUUCGGCCUCUCAGAGGGUCUUCAUGGUUACAUCCAUAGCUUUGAUGAGAUGGUGGAUCAUGUCAUUGAGCAAUAUGCUCGAAUCAGAGGAAUGGAGGAGCUGCGUGGAUUGCGCCACUUUUUGUUGGGGCAGUCUAUGGGUGGAGCUGUUGCUCUUAAAGUUCACUUGAAGCAACCAAGAGAAUGGGAUGGUGUGGUUCUUGUUGCACCUAUGUGCAAAAUUGCAGAAGAUGUGACACCACCGGCACCAAUUUUGAAAGCUUUGGCUAUUAUUUCAAACUUUCUACCUGAAGCAAAGCUGUUCCCACAAAAGGAUUUGGCAGAGUUGGCAUUUCGAAUUCCCUCUAAAAAGAAAAAUGUACAAGAUUCUAUUGUUCUCUAUAUGUUUCAGACCGCUUUCAAUGUCAUUGCAUACUCUGACCAAAUGCGAUUGAGGACUGCUGUUGAACUCAUUAAAGCUACUCGUGAUAUUGAAUCUCAACUGGAGAAGGUUUCUUCUCCAUUACUGAUUCUUCAUGGAGCUGCAGACAAAGUUACAGAUCCUCAAGUGAGCAAAUAUCUUUACAAUAAGGCUUGUAGCGAAGACAAGACGCUAAAGUUAUACGAAGAAAGUUACCAUUCUAUUCUUGAAGGUGAGCCUGAUGAUAGGAUUUUGGAGGUUAUUAAUGAUAUUAUCUCAUGGUUGGAUUCCCAUUCAACAUUGAAGUAGUAUUUGUUUUGGGCAUUGGAUCUGAGUCUGCUGUGUGGUGUUGUAUCGCUUUUGUAUUUUUGUUUCUUGUUUAUUUUAUUUUCUUGUUAUUUUUUUAAAAUAAUUGAUAUUUGGAUGUAACACUUGUUUUUAUGAUGUGACAAAGCUAUCAUUCUAGGGAAGGUUUGAAGUGGUGUUUGUUUUUGUAUUCGAUCUCAAUCUGUUGUGUUGCUGUUAUUGUGACAAAACUAUUUGUAAUUUCUAUAAUUACAAGUGGUGG